AGCUAGCUGCGUCACUUGUGUGCGCCGGAAGUUUCACCACAACGUGUUGUAGGGAAAAUUCACAUGUGAGGAUUUCGUCCUGCUUGUGAAAAUCUGAGUUCGGGUCGAAGUGUGUCCUUGUAACUUGGAAUCAUGGGUCGUAAGUUGGAUCCCACCAGCAAGGUGAAGCGUGGCCCUGGGAAGAAAUCCAAAAAGCAGCAAGGGGCAGAGACAGAGUUGGCCAAGUUUAUCAAAGAUGAUGCAUCUGAGCCAAAACGUCUGUCAAGAAGAGCCAGGAUAAGGAAUGCUAAGAGAGCCAAAAACUUAACAAAGGCCAAAGAAGCUGUUGUUGAGCUGCCCAAGAAAGGAUUCACUGAUGACAACAGUCAGUGGUUGAAGCCGGCGAAGAGGAAGCGGAAACUGGAGCAAUCUGACAGCGAGGACGAUGACGAUGAACACUGGGAAGAAGAAGACGACGAAGAUGGUGAUGAUGGAGAGGUGGAAGAAGAAAAGCUACCGAAGCCACAACAGAAGAAAGGGGCAAAGAUGAACACAAAAUUAGGAAUACAAGAACUAGAGGAGGAGGUGGAGGAAGAGGAUGAUGAAGACGACGAUGAUGAAAUGGUAGAUGACUACGGUGCACUUGAGGAUGGUAGUGAUGAAGAAGAAAGUGAUGGAGAGGAGCUUCUUCCAAUUGAGCGUGCAGCUAAGAAAGAUAAAAAGCUGAAGGAAGCUAUGGGACUCGAAGACGACGAUGAUGAUGAUGAUGAUGAUGAUGACGACAAUGAUGACGAUGAGGAGCAGGAGAAGGAAAAGAAAUCAGCUAUGGACGAGGACGAGGAAGACGCACUACAGACCAACAUGGACGACGUGGAUCAGUUCAAGCUGCCUGCAGCACAGGGGAGCGGAAAGGAAGGUGUCCUGCCUGUGGACCUGAAGACGAUCCACCAGCGAAUAAAGGACAACAUCGAUGUCCUGUGUAAUUUUGCGUCCAAAAGAGAAGAAGGCAAAGAUCGAGUGGAGUACAUCUCUCUGCUGAUAAAGGAUCUGUGCACGUACUACAGCUACAACGACUUCCUCAUCGAGAAGUUCGUCGACCUCUUCCCUCUCUCUGAGCUGGUGGAUUUCCUGGAGGCGAAUGAGAUACAUAGACCUGUUACCAUUAGGACCAACACGCUGAAAACCAGGAGGCGGGAUCUUGCUCAGGCCUUGAUCAACAGAGGAGUGAACUUGGAUCCACUGGGAAAGUGGUCCAAAGUGGGUUUGGUCAUCUACGACUCCUCCGUCCCAAUAGGUGCCACUCCAGAGUACCUGUCUGGCCAGUAUAUGCUACAAGGAGCCUCCAGCUUCUUGCCAGUCAUGGCGCUUUCGCCACAGGAGGGGGAGUUUGUGUUGGACAUGAGCUCAGCCCCCGGAGGAAAGACCACCUAUAUCGCUCAGCUGAUGAGAAACACUGGUGUGAUUGUUGCUAACGACGCCAACGCCGAUAGAUUGAAGAGCGUGGUGGGUAACAUCCACCGUCUGGGGGUCACCAACACCCUGGUGUGCAACUAUGAUGGCAGGCAGUUCCCAAAGGUCAUGGGAGGCUUUGAUAGAGUGCUGUUGGAUGCACCGUGCUCAGGCACAGGAGUCAUCGCUAAAGACCCUGCUGUGAAGAACAACAAGGACGAAGCAGACAUUCUGCGCUGUGCCCACUUGCAGAAAGAGUUGCUUUUAUCCGCUAUCGACUCCGUCAACGCUGACUCGACUUCAGGAGGAUAUGUGGUCUACUGCACGUGCUCCAUAAUGGUGGAGGAGAACGAAUGGGUGGUUGACUACGCUUUAAAGAAGCGGAACGUCAAACUGGUUCCCACUGGAUUGGAUUUUGGCAAGGAGGGCUUCAUCAGAUUCAAAGAGCGGCGAUUCCAUCCGACUUUGCGGCUUACGAGACGUUUCUACCCGCACUCUCACAACAUGGACGGCUUUUUUGUGGCCAAGUUUAAAAAAUUCUCCAAUGUGACUCCCACCACCCCCUCGGGGAACGAUGAAGACAAUGCAGACGCUUCACCGGUGACAGAGUUGACAGAUCCUCCAAAAGACAAAGCAGACAAGACCAAGAAGAGUGUCGUCGCAAAUGCUGGCCAAUUAAAGAAGGAAGCAACAAAAACCAACGGCACAGCAGCCAAGAAAAUGUCUCCCUUGAAGCAAAAAGAAAACAAAAAGAACUCAUUGACUGGACCUAAAAAGGCAAAGAUCGCCAAGAGGGACAUAGAGACUGUCAAGGCACAAGAGGUUAAAAGCACCUCACAUGCGGAUGAGACAAAAAUGCAGAAAGCCAACAGCAAGGAUGGGAGCAGUUUAGAGAAGAAACGAGGCAAAAAAAAUAAAAAAAACAUGAAAGCCAAGAAAAGAAUGGGAAAGAACAAAUUCAAAAAAUUGAAGAAAAUGCUGCGCCAGGAAGAGAGCAACGAGUGAUCGUGUAUGCAUUGUGUACAUAUGUUUGAAAUAAUUGGAAUGUAGUACAAUGCAUUGAAGUGGAGUCAUGGUUUCUUUUGUAUAAUGUAAUAUGACUGAAAUGCAAGAUGAUAUGUCUGCUAUGGGUCGAUUAAAUACAUUUUUAACA